AUGCAACUCGAUAAGGAAAACCUGCUCGAUACUGCGGCCAAGAAAGAGACCAAGAAGCGACCGUCACUACAAGGCCCAUGGUCUGCAGCAUCUCCCAGCGUCAGAACUGCUCCCAAAAGAAUUAAGCAUCAAAAACCGAUCACUCGUGCUGCCAUCUUUGACGUAGGAAAGACCACCGCACAAACUUGGGAUCAGAAUUUGGACGGUAGAAAUGCUUACGAUGAAACAUUGGACAUCUCAAGGAAUCUCAACGAAUCUGUGAUAGAUAAUUGCACAAUUAAUCACAAUGAAGAUGCUUCAAAGGACGCUGAGCAGAAAGUGUAA